ACAGAUCUGUUCACACCAACUAGCGGGGCUGCCUGCGUCAAUAAAAGGCAAGAGCAGGCAGCAAGCUGACAUUUGGUGCUUGGAGGAUUACCGCUGCAAGAGGCGCUUCCAUCAAACUUCAGUAAAAUGCCAGGAUUAUUUUUUUCCCAUAACAACAUGACUGAAUUAAGUGGAAAGGAAGACUGCAAGCUCGCAGAAGGCAAAAUCCAUAAAAAGAAGCAAAAGGCUUUUGGAGCAGAUCUCAAGAACUAUUUGAAGUGCAUGGUACCACAUCUCGAAUCUGGGAUCAAGACUUCUAACUCUAGGAAUGUCAUGCUUUCUGCAGAGGAAGUAAUACAGUGGUCCCAGUCUUUGGAAAAGCUCUUGGCCAGCCAAAGUGGUCAAGGUGUCUUUCGGGAGUUUCUGAAGUCAGAGUUCAGUGAGGAGAACAUUGAGUUCUGGCUGGCCUGCGAGGAUUACAAGAAAACCAAGGCUGAUCACUUACAUGGCAAAGCAGAGAGGAUUUAUGAGGAGUUUGUUCAGUCAGACGCUAUUAAACAGAUCAAUAUUGAUCAUCAGAUGAGGGAAGCAACAGCCAAAAGGGCUCAAGAACCAACUCACACAAGUUUUGAUGAAGCCCAGAGAACUGUCUACAUCCUUAUGGAAAGGGAUUCAUAUCCCAGAUUUUUGAAAUCCAAAGCCUACCUGAACCUUCUGAACCAGCUGCAGACCAGCAAUUCAAAGUAAGGGGUGUGAGAUAACAAAGAGUCAAGUAGACUCUGGGUCAAAUAUCCUGUGAACAUAUUCUUCAGGGUGGUUGGAUCUCAGCAAAGAGAACAACUGCCUUGGGAGGUAGUGCGAGGGAGAUGCAAACAGGCAAGAGAACGCAGGACAAGAGCUGUCAAGACUGUUACAAGUGUGAAAGCAACACAUGGUGGAAAUCCUCUCCUUACUUACAACAUAGAAUCAAGACAGGAUAUGGAUACUACUUAUUGCUUGAACUCCACUGUGGAUGUUGAACCAAGUCUUAGAACCCCAAAGAACUACUGAUGGGAAAAGAUUUAUCAAGGUUCAGAAGAAGGAUAAGGAUGACUGACAAUUUUGUACGUAACAAGUCUCAGAUGAGACUGUGUAAUGGCUUUUUGAAAUCUGUGAAUUGUUAAUAAGCCUUAGUGCGGCUUCAUGAUAAUAUUGUGCUAUGUAAAUAUUUUAUAUAUUGACUUAUCUUAAAAUUGAUAUAUUCUAAGUUAUAUAAGAACUAUAUAAGCUGUACUUUUAUUAUGUUUGUGCUCAGCAAACACAUAUGUAGCAUCUUUUCUGUUCAUUUUCUGUUUAAUUUAUUGCAAAAUAAAAAGCAACUUUUCAAUUAAAUUUACUUAAAAAUACAAAAUAAGUAUUACGG